UGUAUCUUUAGGUAUUUAAAUACAAGUCAACAAUUUGUACAUUUUCGGGUAGUUAUAACAUUUAUUGGUUAACCAACCAAAUACAAAACCGCCUGGAUCUGUCACUGAACGAUGUAACUUCAACCUACUUUAUUUGAUCAUGUAAUGUUUUCAUCUCAUAGCCAUUUGAGGGUAGAUUUUGUUUAAAGAUACAGAGUUAUAUGUACGGCCGUUUUAAAUCUAAAACAAUCGCGCAAUACGUAAGUAGUGCAUUUGGCUUUCAUGAAAUAAGUACUUGCAUUCGUUUAUAUUUUUCUAUGUGGGUACUUUGUACAGUCUAGUUUUCAUUUGACAUGAAGAUUUUUUCAGUCUACCCUGAUCACAAAUGUAUGGAUGUGUAAUUAACAAAAUCGUUUCGUGUAUUUAAACAAUUUUAUUACUUAGUAGUAGUGACGGACGAUAUUUCAUCUCUAUUAGAUAUCCACGAUGGCGCCAAGCGUAGCUGGUUACUACGCCAACAAGAGCAUCUUCAUCACGGGAGCCACCGGUUUCCUCGGCAAGGUUUUAGUGGAAAAACUUCUUCGAUGCUGUCCAGAGCUGGAGGCGAUAUACUUGCUGAUGAGGGCUAAGAAAGGGCAGAGCUGUGAACAGAGGCUUGAAGGCUUUCUUAAGUGUUCGGGAUUUAAUCGUCUUCACGAACAGAAUCCACAGUGCUUCAAGAAACUCCGUCUGGUCCCUGGAGACAUAUUAGCAGACGGUUUGGGAAUAUCAGACGACCUUCGCGAGAAACUGCGGAUGGAGUGCCAGAUCAUCUUCCACUGUGCGGCUUGCGUGAGGUUCGACAUGCCGAUCAAGGAUGCUACCGUCCUCAACGUGCGUGGGACCCAGCGUGUCUUAGACCUGACAGAGGGCAUGACGCAGCUCGAGGUAUUCGUGCACGUGUCCACCGCAUACUGCCGCAGCGAGCUGCCCGAGCUGGAGGAGCGGGUGUACGCGGCCGUCCACAAGCCUCAGGACGUCAUGAGAUGCAUUGAGUGGAUGGAUGAUGAACUGCUAGCACAUUUGCAGCCCAAAUUGAUACACCCCCAGCCGAAUACCUAUGCGUACACUAAGUCACUGUCGGAGUCGUUGGUUGCGCAGUACGAAGGAAAGUUUCCCAUCGUCAUAGCGAGGCCGUCCAUCGUGGCAGCAGCCCUGAAAGAGCCCCUGCCGGGCUGGGUGGACAGCCUGAGCGGCGCCACCGGGCUCCUCGUGGGCGCCGGCAAGGGCGCCAUACGGACCAUAUUCACGAAAGAGGCGCUCACCUGCGACAUCAUUCCCGUCGACUUUGUAGUCAACGGGUGUUUACUCUCCGCGUUUAACACGGGGAUCAAUAAGCCAAAAGACAUACAGGUAGUGAAUUUGACGGUAUCUAGAAGGAACCCGGUGACCGUCGGAGAAUUGAUCGAUAUGGGCCGCGUGCACGUGCAGGAGUUCCCCUUCUCCCAAUGCCUGUGGUACCCCGGCGGCUCGCAGAAGACCUCGCGUCUCCAUCAUCAGGUCGCGCUGCUGCUCACACACCUGCUGCCAGCAUAUUUGCUGGAUCUGAUGCUCAUGCUGCUGGGCCAGAAAACUUUUAUGGUAAAGAUGCAGCACCGCAUUAGCGCCGGACUGGAAACAUUUCAAUACUACUGGCUGAACGAGUGGCACUUCCACAAUGGGAACUUCCUCGCGCUGCGGGAACAAGUCUCCAAGGAGGACGAUGAGACUUUCUACACCGAUAUCAAGAUGGUGAACUGGAACUCUUAUAUCCGUGACUACAUUUUCGGCGCCCGCACGUACUGCUGCCAGGAGGACCCGGCCACUCUACCACAAGCCAGGAUACUGCAAAAAAGAUUGUACUACCUGGACUGGGCCGCCAAGAUCAUCUUCUGCUCGCUGUGUGCAUACUUCUUAUUCUACUAUAUCAGAAUAUUUUGAUCAGUCAUGUAAACACAGUCUGAAAGUGAUGCGUCAUCUCGAACAUUAUACGUCGGCAAAUCGUGACGACUUUAUGCGUUCCUCGGCAAUCAAAACGUUUGUUAGUAAAUAUUUAUAAAUUAUUAUAUUUAUAUCAGAAUAAAUACUCAAUGAAGUUGUA